CAUCACGCAAUUAUUCCCUCCCUCAGCACUACCCACAAAUUCACGCACAAAUGGCCACGUCUACAGUCUGUACGAUCGCUCUCCACAAGUCAGCGCUAUACUGCUAAAGAAAAUCAAUCUGGCAGGGCUGUUGCACUCGCGCUUGAAGGAGGCUAUGGACUUGGCGUCGAGCGAAUCAAACGCUGGACAAUUCAUAAAUGGUUUCUCCUUCUCUCCGUGAUCAUUGUCCUCGCCUACGGCAUAACUGGCCUUAUCCUCGCGAUCAUCACCUGGUUUAGAGCCUGGCAACACGCCGACGUAACCUACGUCGCAGACUACGACAUCCUUGUUCUCCUCACACUUGCAGGGUGCAUCCUCGUGCUCUCCGCUGUGGUCGGUCUCUCAGGCACUCUCCUGAACUCUCGCCCCAUCCUCGCUAUCUACGCCCUCCUCCUUUGGCCCGCCCUGAUAGCACUCCUUGCGGUUGGGUAUGCUGCAUACAAACGCGCCACCUUCGCCCUCGAUCGCAAGCUCGAUCUCGCAUGGAGCCAGUACUAUACCCCCUACGGCCGACUGCUCAUUCAAGAGUCCUUGGGUUGCUGCGGAUAUUACAGUCCCCUGCACGAUGCCUCCCCCAGUGCACGGUGCUACUCUCGCACGUCCCUUCCGGGGUGCAAAGGAAAGCUGUAUCGUUUCGAGCGAAUGCAGUUGGCAACGAUCUGGUCUGCCACUUUUUCGCUCGUUCCGUUGCACAUUCUCGCGAUUGUUGUGGCGUUGCUGUGCGCUAAUCAUGUCACGAGAAGGUUUGGAAAAGGCAUAUUGCCCAGAGCUUACUGGCUUCGCAUGGCGGAUGUGAGGGAAGAAGCUGAGAAAUUUUUCAAGGCUGGGCUCAUUGCCCGACCUGUGAUGGCAGAGAGAGCGCCCGCAAACGCCAGCAUGACAAGAGAUAAGAUACGUAUGACAUUGUAA